GGGGCGCGCCCGCCCGUUGUGGCCAUGGCGGCCGCAGGGUGCUCUGUGGUGAGGCGAGUGGAAGAGCUCGGGGACCUGGCUCAGGCCCAUAUACAGCAGCUAAGUGAAGCCGCCGGUGAAGACGAUCACUUUUUAAUUCGGGCCUCUGCAGCUUUAGAAAAAUUGAAACUCCUGUGUGGAGAAGAGAAAGAAUGUUCCAAUCCAUCAAGUCUUCUGGAACUUUACACACAGGCUAUUUUGGACAUGACGUAUUUUGAGGAGAACAAGUUAGUAGAUGAAGAUUUUCCAGAGGACUUUUCUGCGCAGAAAGUAAAAGAACUGAUCCGUUUUCUUUCAGAACCGGAAGUUUUGGUUAAAGAAAAUAAUAUGUAUCCAAAACACAGCGACUUGCUGGGGGAUGAGCUGCUGGAGUGCCUCUCCUGGCGGCGGGGAGCUCUGCUGUAUAUGUAUUGUCAUUCUCUGACAAAAAGGAGAGAAUGGCUCUCCGGAAAAUCCGCCCUGCUGAAAAAGUAUCUUGUUGAUGGAAUCGGCUACUUGCUACAGAUGCUAAAUUAUCGCUGUCCUGUCCAGUUAAAUGAUGGAGUUGCUUUCCAAGACCUAGACACAGCCAAGUUACUGAGCGCAGGAAUAUUUAGUGACAUCCAUCUGCUGGCUAUGAUGUACAGUGGAGAAAUGUGUUACUGGGGAUUGAAGCAUUGUGCAGAGCAACAGGUGGAGCAUGGUGACGUGGAUCCUGCUGCUGCUGGCGCGAGCUGCACUGCACACAGCGAACCUCUCGAUUUCCGAGAAGUUGGAGAAAAAAUUUUGAGAAAGUACGUGUCUGUGUGUGAAGGACCCCUGAAAGAACAAGAGUGGAAUACAACGAAUGCAAAACAAAUUUUAAACUUCUUUCAGCAUCAUUGUAACCAGUAAGUUCAUCUGAUUUUCUUCAGCCAGGAAAAUAAACAAGAAAAUCUUUGUAAUGCAAAAGAAAGAUCCAGAAAAGAAGACCUACUGACAGUGAAUUGAGAACCAUCCACUGCGUAAAGAUAUCCAACAUGGUCCCUCCUUUCAGUGCCGUAACCAUCUUUCCUUAUGUGUUCUUAAAUCCAUGGAGGAAUGAUAAUUUGGUUUCUGAAAUGGCAUGCAUGUUAACUCAGCUUGAACUACACAUGUCCUGUCACUAAUUCAACUCUACACAGUUGUUUUCCUUAUUUUUUAUUGUGAUUUGAAAUAUAUUUAACUUGUUACCAUUUGAACAAUCCUAAGAUAAUCUUUCAGUCACCCUGUUUGAAGUUUGCUUCAGAGAUCAAAAUCAAGUUACCUCAGUACUUUGAAUACAUACUAUAGAAAUGUAGCAAAAAUGAAAGACGGAUAGUAUUAGACCCCAUUUGAAUAAGGUAACUGGUGAAAGACUCUACUAAGAAAUUAGAGUGGUUAGUGAUUUUGUCGUGCAUUGCUCAUCAAGUUGAAAAAUUUUACUUUUAGACAUGUAUUUAAAGUAUAUGGCUUCUCAAGUGCAAAAUGAAGAUAAAAACCAAGUCAGGUUAGUUCACCGUUGGUUCAUUUGUUUUUAGGGCUCAUUUCUUCCUGCUGUAUUGUAGUUCUACUGUUUUCUGUCUUUAGCGGUAGCUUUGAGUGCUGAAGGCCAGAGAGCAUAACCUUUUCUGUUACAGUCUUUCUACCUCAGUUCCAGUUGUCACGCUUUGUCUCCUGCUCUCUGCUAUCCUGGUCUUCUGGCCCAGUGACUGUAUCACAUUCCAGCGGGUAUGCCAUGGACUCCUGUGAUCACCUUGAACAUGAGCAUCCUGAGUUGCUCCUUCUGAAAUUACGAAUUUCAGUAACUCAUAACGGUUUUUUUUUCCCCCAGCAAUUUUUAUCUUCUUCAGAGCCUUUUGAUUUUUUAAUGUGGCUGCAGAUUUCAUGACUUCUGUAUCUUUCUUUGCUGCAAGGGAGUACUUGAUCUUAGGACUCAGCUGCAGUGAAAUCAUGUCCAGAGGCUCUCUCCAGCCUUUGCCAGCCAAUCUUUGCUACUCCGCAUUUGGUUCCCAUAGUCUUCCUCUCCUAUUUUAUGCUGAUCACAUUGCUUUGUAAUUAUUUUUACUACCAAUAGGUAAAUUCCAUAUUUUAAAAAUUUACAUUUAUGUACAAUGUUUAAUACACAAUGGGCACUUAGUUGUGUAUGUGUAUGUGUGUGUGUGUGUGUGUGUGUUUUAAUUCAUGAAGAAUGAUUUUAAAGUGCCAGAUGGCACAAAAAGGUUGCUGCUUUCUGACUCCAAACUGCCAUGCCUGACAAGGCAACCACAGAUCUGUAAGCCGUCAGUGCCUGCCAGGACAAAUGCAGUUAAACACAGCCCUGAGCCGAGUCCUGGGUUACUUAGAUUAUUCCAACUCUGAAAAAAUGAGAACUAUUUUUCAGAAUCUGAAAACUUAGAUUUUUGCCUUCAUGAUCCUUGUGGACUGCUUGGGUUUCAGUAACAGUUGGCUGGUACACUGAGUUGGUAGUUUUGAGGGCUUUAUUGGGUGCUUUUCCUAUAACUUUCCAAACCACAAAGAAUUGGGCAACAUUUAUAGACCCCAAUAGUUAGUAAUAUUUGUUCCUUCUUUGCAUGGUAAGGCAAAGAACAACACAUUUUUGUAAGAGGUCAAGGCCGUUAAGUAAAUUGUUUGAUUUAGUCUGAGUAACCCCAAGAUACUGCUCAACCUGAAGAGAGUACCACAGUUCAACAGUUGUGUGUCUACGUGUGCCACGUUGUGUCCUGGACAGUGAGGCUAUGCUUGUAGCAUUGUGAAACACGGUGCUCUUUCAGAGCUCGUGUUUUAGUGGAAGAAAUUCAAACAUUUUAACAAAUAAUUGUAUGACACGGCCGAGUGAUGAGUACCACAAAGAAGAAUAAAGCAAACUAAAGGGAAUCAUGACAUUGAGUGGGUGUUGUAUAUAGGGAGGUUGGGGAGGCACUAAGAAGCUCUGCUGCUUUGCCAGUUGGCAUCUUUGAAUUCCACCCCCUGGGUUAAUGCCUUGUAUUUUUACUGCAUCUUUUCUUAUGGAUGUUCUAACAGUGAAUUAAGGCAUUCUGUCCAGUGUGUGCUUUACUGAGUGUCUGAUAACCUGAGGCCUUGCUGUGCUCUCACACUUGGGCUUUCUCUUGGAUUUGAACUCUGGUGGUUACCAAACUCUUGUUAAAGGAUCCUUCCAUUUGUAUUGUUCUUUCCCAAGAAGGGUUUUCUGAUGUUAACUGGGCUUUCAGACAUAGUUAAGCUCUGCCUGCUUUGUUGCCCUGAGAGGGAAUCCAACUGCCAUUUGAUCCCACUUGAGGUGAAAGUCAUGACUGAAGACUUUUCCUUAUCCUUUUGAGCAUAAUACAGUGAGGUGAAAAUCACAGAGAACAUCGCACAAUAAAAAUUAUAUCCCUGGCUUCCCAGUCUCAUUGUGAAUUUUUCUGUUCGUUCACUAAAGACAGACACCAUGAGCUGUGUCUGACUGCAGGCUUUUCCAGAUUUCAUUUUAAUGGCAAUUUAAAAACCCUACAGCUAGGUUACAUGCUAGAGUUAGAGUGUCUUUUUCUCUCCACCUUUUGGGUACCCUUUUCUGGCUCCAAUAAGGGUGCCCCUUCUGCCACGGAAUGGAGGAUUCUAUAGUUUUCCCUCAGUUCCUUCCCUGUGUGUACAUUAGAACACAAUAGGAGAUGAGGCCAUGUUAUCGAAGUAUUAUGUUAAUAUACAUUUAAUAUAGUCAUAAGUGCAGAAUGGAAUUUGUAUUCAUGCUGGUGUUCUUUACUGUUUAGUUUGUUUUUCCUACUUGUGGAAAUUUCUAAGUACAGUGUUGGAACCUAUACAUUAAAAAAAUAAUAAAAACCAUAUUCCUCUGUUU